AUGGAUCUGCAGCCGCCAUCGGUCUUGGCCCAAUUGCCUCGCCCCUUGCACGCAUCCAAGGGCAAAACCCAUAUAGGUGAAGUCUAUAGUCUCUCGGACUCCAAAAAGCGCAAAAGAUACGAAGUUGCUGUCGCGGUCGAUGGUGAGGCUGUGAACAUCUACAAUUUGGUAACCUCCUACGCUGUCCCUCCGCAAUCCUCAUUUUCGUGUGAGCCAUGCUCGGUGCGCAGAAAGCUUUCGGACAAAUCAGUAGUGAAAAGACAAACCUAUGUUGCGGUCAACCCUCAGAACGAGAUCAAGUGCUUUGUGGAAGAAAGCGGCGGAAACGGAUCGAGCGCGCCUGUUAUCUCUUCCGCAUCUUUCUCUGUGAAAGACUCUAGCACUCCAACGGUUUUCAUCGGCAUCGUCCCGACCGGGUCUAGCCAGGUGGAUGAAAGGAAUCCAUUCGAUAUCCUGACGGUUCACCAAGAUGGUCGUGUCCGGAGACUAGCAGCGGACCUGGACAACCAGCACUGGAGCCUUCAGCAUAGUGAACUCGCGAAGAUCUCUUCGUCUCAUGCUGUUCAAGCUUGCUUCCUCGUUGAGUUCGAAGACGCCAAGAAAGCUCUAUUCAAGAGAAGACAAGAUCUUGCGGCUUUGGCUUUGGGAGAUUUGGUAAACUCUAACGUGGAUGAACCUUCGGUGCUGUUGCUUGUUUCGCAUCCAACUGGCUCCAAAGAGAUCAAACUGAGCGAUGUUAAGGUCCAUAUGUUCUCCGUACCUGCUAAGACUCCUUCUCAGGAGAGAACUCUUGACGAAAGUCAGAAAUUGAAGCAUCUCCUGACUCUCAGCAUUCCAGAUAUCAAGGGACAAGAGUUAUUCGAAAGCAGUGGCUUGGAAUGGGAUUUCCAUACCGGAUCGGCAGGGCUGAAUCUGUCUUUCGCCAAGGGAUUCGUCAACUUCGACCUUUCUCAGUAUAAGCCCACAGUGACUUCUCAAUUCAUCCUCGAAAACGAAGAUUUCUCUUCUUUGAUGCGCAUAUCUCCGCAGUCCGUCAUUGGUGCCGGAAAUUCGAUCGUCGCAUUGUUCGAUACCCAAUAUAAAUCCAUCCAGCGCAGCAUCUCCCUUAACGACAUCCACGAAAGUAACAGCUCCAAGGCACGGACAAAGUUUAUCAGUUACUAUGCAAAGCUGGGAAUUGCUGUAGCGACAAAGGGAAACACACUCUUUGCGUUCGACCUGAGCUCGUCCAACUCACUUUUGGGUUCCUCUCUUAAGCGGUCGAGAGACAGUCUUCUGAUUGACGCAAUUGGACGCGGUAUCGGAUCAUCCGCCUCUCAAUCAGUCGGUGGGACAGAUUGGUCACUGACUUGCGGGCAGCCUCGAAGUCAAAAAACGGCGCCGCCUUCGACAGUGCCGUGCAGACGUACUUCGAGGCUAGUAGCUCUGAUGCUCUGCCAAAACAGUAUGUCAAUCCGGAAGACCAAUUGUCCGUCUCUUCCUCGUCACAGCUCUACAUUGACGUCUGGCCCGAGCACACCUGCCAAUGGCUUACUCAACUGGGCCAUCUAUCUCUCGACAACGUCGAGAUUGCCCUUCGCCGAUCACUCAAGCCCCGUAUCCUGCCCGCAUUGCCAGCCGGAUCAUUCCUCCGACGAACUAGCUUACACACUCCAAUUCUUCCUCAACAUGGCGCGCUCCCGCUCCGCAGCCCUUGAAGAGACAACCCAGGCUAUAACCUCCGGCGAAGAGAACAGCACCGAGGCCAUCCAGAACCCCGAAGCCACACUCCAGGACAUCUUCCGUGAACCGAGAUCAUCGCCAUGGUCCACCACCUCCGCCUCUCCCUCGCAACAGGCGGCUACGCAUCCCGCUUCACCGAAAACCCCCCAACCCCAAUCUGUCCCGACCAAACCACCCCCUCCCUCACCCUCGACACAAUCACAGACCUCCUCAACGUCUCCGUCGACGCCGUCGGCCCAUCCGGCUGGAUCUCCGCCACCGCCUUCGACGACACUCCCACCCGCGAAAUGGACCUCAUCGCAGACAUGA